GCGCUUGAUUGGCAACAUGCUUGAAACGGAUUUCGCAUAUGCAAGCUAGUAUGUGAAAACCCAGCUCCCGUCCUUUUACCUCCAGCUUUGUCAUUGGGUAUUGCUUCUUGUACGCAGAACGAACAAUGCCGCCAAAAUUCGAUCCUACAGAAAUAAAACUAGUUUAUUUGCGAUGUGUUGGUGGAGAAGUAGGAGCUACAUCUUCCUUGGCCCCUAAGAUUGGUCCUCUGGGCUUGUCGCCUAAAAAAGUGGGAGAUGAUAUUGCCAAAGCUACGGGUGAUUGGAAAGGUCUUAAAAUUACUGUAUGUCUUACAAUUCAAAAUCGACAGGCCGCUAUAUCAGUUGUUCCAUCAGCAGCUUCUUUAAUUAUCAAAGCUCUUAAGGAGCCCCCUCGUGACAGGAAGAAGCAAAAGAACAUUAAACAUAGUGGAAAUAUUACGUUUGAUGAUAUUCUGUCAGUAGCGAAAACAAUGAGGAAUAGAUCUAUGGCUCGCAACUUGGAAGGCACUGUUAAAGAAAUCUUAGGGACGGCGCAAAGCGUUGGUUGUACAGUUGACGGAAGGCCACCUCAUGACAUUAUUGAUGACAUUAACAGUGGUUCUAUAGAAGUUCAAUCUGAAUAAACAGUGCAUAAGCAAAUUUCCAAUUUAAGAAAUAAAAUAUGUUACAUCUA